UGGAUCAAGAAAUGAUGGGGGGAGGGGGGGGAAUCAAUGGCUGAUUCUGCUGCUUGAUAAAGAGCCUCUCCUUCUCUAAGGAUGGAGCAGAGCUGUGCAUUAUUUUAAUCUCAGCCUCUGGAGAUGAUGCGUGUUCUGCAGGGUUUGCCAUGGCGUGGUAUGCCCAUCCUCCCACCCCCAAUAAUGGUGCGGAGUGUGUGUGUGCGCGCGCGUGUGUGAGUGUGAUUGCCACCUCGUGCCCUCUGCGGGGUGGAGGGUGUGCUGCCCACCCCCCUCGAGAUACCUGGGCGCGGGGAGCAUGGCGCUGCGCCCUCCAGGCACUUCGCUGUCCCGGGGUCGAGGACGUUUUUGAGGGGAGCUGCGAGGAAGAAGCAUGAUCAUGGGUCUUACUCUCUUGGGGCCGGGGCAAAUUCUGCACGACAGUAUCCGGGCCCCCGGGGAGAGGCGGGGAGCUGAGCUAGCCUGUGUUAGCGAGAUGCUAGUUAUAGUUAGCAGUGGGGAGAGGGGGAUGCACAUCUCACUGCAGGAACAAGAUCCCCUCCUCCCCGGUUUAGUGCAAGUUAGAGGUGACCUGCAAAGGGAAACUGACUGGCUGCGUGUCUCGUCCCUUAGUUGUGCUCCGCGAAGGCCUGAAGUGUUGUCCGUGCGUGUGCGUGUACAGGGGAAGCACUGGAGUCAUACAGUACAUCGCACGAUAUAUUGCUUCCUGUGUGUGUGUGUGUGUGUGUGUGUGCGCGUGUGUGUAUAGAGCUAGUGUUUGGCGAAGAUCAUAAGGUGCAUAUGUACCCUGCCUUUCUGACUUCAGACUAACACGGCUAACUGCCUGUCUCUCUGUGCAGUAUAUGAAGUAUAUAGAAACAUAGUGUGUGCGUGUGUGUACUCACAGUAUAUACACAAUAGAUCCAAAGUCAGGUCUUCAACCUCCUCUGCCCCCAGAACUAAAGAACUAGGCAACUCGGGGCAGGCAGAUGUGUGUGUGCGUGCGCACACACACACACAUACGCCGUAUAUACACAGUAUAUGCAACGUCAGAUUUCCAUCCCUUGCUAAGAGCUAGGCGACUCAGACGGUGUGUACACACCGUUCAUACACAGUAUAUGCAACGUCAGAUCUGCAGCUCUCGCUAAGAACUAAGUAGCUCAGCGCUGUGUGCGUGUGUGUGUACACACACCGUAUAUGCAACGUGAGGUCUCCCACCCCCGCCACGAACUCAAGAAGCAGGCGGCUGGGCUGAGGGCAGGGCGGCAGGCUGCGGUUGUUGUCGAGCCGAGCACGGAGCUGGCGGACACGGCGGGCUCUUUGGUUUUGCGCUUGACUUUGACACGGCUACACCUCAGCAGGCUGCGCGUGUCCUUCCCCGCCACGGGCCCAGGGGCAGCCCGGAGCCCCACGGGCGCCACACAGCCCCGGAAGGAGGGGAAAUAAAGACAUGAACAGAAAUGUUUUUUUCUCCUCCGAUCACCUUGAAGGAGCGGGCGGGGGGCCUGCAGCGUACCCCCCGCACACAGCGCUCCGCCCUCCCCCCCUCACCCAGGCAUUGCUUCCUCUCCUUCCCUGUGCCCCGAGCCCGGCGCCCCGGGCAUGUCCCUCCGAGUAACCCCUUCCUCCCUUUGGUCCUCUGCACCCGAAUGUGCUCUGAAACCGGGAACACCAGGCAGGGCUUUCCCGCCCACUUCUCCCCACUAUUCUGCAGUCAUCGCGGGGAGUACGCAUGCCCAGAACCCGAAGGCAAGGGGGGGCUGCUGGGAAAUGUAGUCCCGGCAGAUACCAUGUUCUUCUCCCCGCCCCUCUGAAGUGCGCAUGCGUAGUACACCCCCUCCCCGCAACGCGUCGCGGUAUCCCAGGCAUAAUUGUCAUUGCUUUCCCCCGCUUCUGGGCGCCGAUUGGCUUGGAGCGCCGGGGGGCGGAAUAUCUGCCGCGACGCGCGUUCCGAUUGGCUGGCGCGAGUGUCAUUGCAGCGGCGGAGGAGGGAUGCGGCUCCCUGUGUUGGGGGGUGGAAGUUGGCUUCGCUGCUCCGUUAAAGGGGAGCCCCCGCUGCAAACCGGGUGGCGUAUGAGUCACACGCACAAGUGAACACGCACAAACACACACCCUUGUGCCACGCACCGCCCUUAGCCCCUCCCGCCCCAAAACUUUCCCCCUCAGCCUAGCGUGAGCAGGGAUGGGUAAUAAAUCUGUAGGGGAGGGGGGAAGGAAGCGAGAGAGAGUGUGUGUGUGCGAACGUCCACCCGCCCCUGUAGCGGGGAGGGGUGCGCAUGCGCGGUGCGUGGCGGGGCUGAAUGUUUCCCAAGUGUUUGAAACUGGUAUUUGGGUUUUCCACGUUGGAUCAAGUGCGGCGCACUGAGCGGGGAGCAGCAGCCACACCGAGGAGGAGGAGGAGGAGCAGGAGCAGGAGCAGGAGCAGGAGCCGGCAAACAGAAGGGUUCGCUUUUGCCGCUGCUGCCUCACACUUUGCAGACCAGAUUUUGUUUCCAGAUUGUUUCGGAGGAGCUGGUGUGAGCUGCACACACACACACACCCCUCCCUCCGAUUGUUCCUACCCCUGUCCUCCGUGAGGUCCCCGCCACGACAGCCAUUCAGUCAGCUGCUGCUGCUGGCUGGAGCGGGGUGACUCGCGGAGGGUGUGUGUGUGUGUGUCUCCCUCCCUCUGUGUUUUCACCGGAGAGGAGUCCGAUGUAGCUGCUCCCGGUGCUCAGGAGGAGGUGGGGGGAGCUGCGAGGGAGCGAUCCGGGCACCGAGCAGCCCUUGCAAGCCUGGGCUGGGCGGUAGGCAGGAGACGACCCCCGCUGCCGCUGCCGCUGCGCCCGUGGAGGGGGCUCGGAUCCCUCUGUUGCCUGCCUCGUUUUCUCCACUCGCCGGAUGAAAAUGUUGAGUCCCGCUAACGGAGACCAGCUGCAGCUCGUGAACUAUGUGGAGGAUUAUUUGGACUCCAUCGAGUCCCUGCCCUUCGAUCUGCAGAGAAACGUCUCUCUGAUGAGGGAGAUUGACGCCAAAUAUCAAGAGAUCUUAAAGGAGCUGGAUGAUUAUUAUGAAAAGUUCAAACGAGAGACAGAUGCAGUGCAGAAGAGAAGACUGUUGCAUUGCAUACAGAGAGCAUUGAUCAGGAGUCAGGAGCUGGGAGAUGAAAAAAUCCAAAUUGUCAGCCAGAUGGUGGAGCUCGUUGAGAAUAGAACCAGACAAGUGGAUGGUCACGUGGAACUAUUUGAGACUUGUCAAGAGACUAACGACACUACUGGGAACAGUGGCAAAGCCAAUCAGGAUAAGUCAAAGAAUGAAACAAUCACUCAGGCAGAAAAGCCCAACAAUAAGAGGUCAAGGCGGCAAAGGAAUAAUGAAAAUCGAGAAAAUGCUUCUAAUAAUCACGAUCACGAUGACAUCACCUCAGGAACUCCAAAAGAGAAGAAAGCAAAAACAUCCAAGAAAAAGAAGCGCUCCAAGGCAAAAGCAGAGAGAGAAGCUUCUCCAGCAGAUCUUCCUAUUGAUCCCAAUGAGCCAACAUACUGCUUGUGUAAUCAAGUCUCCUACGGAGAAAUGAUAGGAUGUGAUAAUGAUGAGUGUCCAAUUGAGUGGUUUCAUUUCUCAUGUGUGGGACUGAAUCAUAAACCAAAGGGUAAAUGGUAUUGCCCCAAAUGUAGAGGAGAAAACGAGAAAACCAUGGACAAGGCACUGGAGAAAUCAAAAAAAGAAAGGGCCUACAACAGGUAGUUUGGAGACUUUUAAUAGCAAAGAAAACUAAAACCACCAAACCAGUGUAUUUAUUGUCAGUGUCACCUUUGUGGAGGUGCUAGGAUUGUAAAAUGUAUAUUUUUAAAGGAGGUUAGAAACUGAACCAUUCCUGUUAUAGGGACGGCAAUAAGACUGAUUUUGUUUUUCAUUUGGUACAGCUAUAAACAAGAAAGUGUGGUCCGUGGACCAACAUUUAACAAUAAACAAAGUAAUAAAAGUUUAAGUGUAAUAGUGUUCAGCUGGGUCUUAAGAGAAAAGAAUACUUUUUUGUGUGUGCUUGUAGCACUGUACCCAUUAAAAUUUCAAUUACAAUAUUUCUUGAACAUAAUUUCAUUUUUCUUCAUAAGGGAAUGUUAUUUACCUUUUGAGCAAAUUAUCAAAUAGUAUUGCCAUCCGGCUGCAUUUGAAUAAAGCUACAGUACCUUGCAAAUUAAAUUUCUUUCAUUGACAACCAGUACAAGAAUUAACAGAACAAAGGUAAAGAAUCUAGUUCCUGCUACAAAGUGUGUCAGUAUAACAGUUUAAUAACAAAUGUUGAAAUAGGGUUAGAAGAUUAUUUUUAAAAAAAAGUAAAUGGUUGACUUUUACAUGACAAAUAUUUUAUAUACUGGCCAGGUACCACAAGGGCCAUUUUAAAAUGAUUCAGUACAUUUUAUAUUUAACCAGGAAGUGGUUUAGUAAUGAAACUUAACAUAAAACAAGCUUUAUACUGUCACAGAUAAUAAUGUAGCAAUCUUUAAUUUGUAUAAGUUGUAUAAAUGUACAUUUUUAAGUGGAGUUGCACUUACUGUAUUAUAAUUGGAAAUGCAGCCAAAUGCCAUUGGUUAACCAAUGCGCAUUUCCUUCUGUAUGUAUGAAAACUGUACAGCUGUGAUAUUAAGAAAUAAAUGAAACAACUUGGA